UUUGUGUUUUGUAUAUUAUGCUUAGUAUCUGGGUUGUUUCAUGUAUUUCAUAAACCUAUGCAAUGAAAUGUAUUUUUCGUUCUUGGUUUGUACAGGUUCACAUAAGUUUAAAGAGAAUGGAGAAUUCAGUACUAUAGUUUAUUACAUUUUCAAUACACAGUGUCGAUUGCUCUGAUGAUUUGCAUAAAGUACAAAAUUACUUAGUAGUCUACCCGUGUUUGGCGAGGCAAUCAUGAAGAGAAAUAAAGUGCAGAUAAAAUAAUAAGUAGAGAUCCCAUUGGAUUUUCGUUUGGAGACGAUUUAUUGGUAUAUUAUACUUUGCAUCACGCCGUCAUGAGAAGAUGAUGACUAAGAUAGAGAGGUAUUCAUCGGUCAAAUUCAUAUGUAUACCCUUUAUACCGUUGUAAUAAAACAGAGGUUUCAUAUUCCUUCCUUUCUGCCCAUAGACCUAUGAAACCAUGCAAAUAUCUAUGGCAUGACAGAUGACAGGUCUUUCUGAUAAUUUUGGAUGACAUUUGACACGUCGAUCUAAUCUGUCGUAUAGAGCAAAGAUUUUUUUGUGAAUUAAUGUUAUAGAUUUAUAACAGUGAUAAAGUAGAUGAGUUUUAAAUAUUGUUACAAGAAAUAUAUAAUUUAAUAUUCAUUGUGUAAUUUUAUUGACCUAAUAAGUCAAUUGUCUUUGCGUUGUAUCUUCGAUAAGAAAAAAUACCUUGGUUGAUUUAGUUGGUGUUGAGUCUAGAAUGCAAUGCACCCUCGUCGUCGUAACGUAGGUGUGCCUGAACGGACACCCUUGUUAGAAGAAGAUUUAAAUUCGUACAACAAACUCGAUAAAAAAGGAAAGUCGUAUUUGCCUUAUCCAUUAGAAAAUACACGAAACAGUAUUGUACCAAUACUUAGAACUGAAGAAGUCGAUACUGUAUUUGACUUUCUAGAAGAUAUUAUAUUCGAACCAGUCAUGGCAGCACGAGACAGAACCAACGAAUUUGUGUCGACAGUCCGCAGCCUUCAAAGCCGAACUCAAGCAAAGCCAGUUGUUAGAGAUAAGCGAAAAGCUGAAGUUCUUGAAACUUAUUCACAGUUUAUGAGUAUGGCAAAAGUUAUCAGUAAAAAUAUUACGAGUACAUAUGCUAAAUUAGAAAAACUAGCAAUGUUGGCUAAGAAGAAAUCAUUAUUUGAUGAUAGACCAGUGGAAAUACAUGAGUUGACAUACAUUAUAAAGGGUGAUUUAAACUCAUUGAACCAACAAAUUGCCAGAUUGGGUGAAAUGCCUAAAGGCCGUCGCAGUAUGCAUAGUCAUUCCUCCAGUGUGGUUUUAGCUUUGCAAUCAAGACUGGCAUCAAUGAGCAAUCAAUUUAAACAGGUUUUAGAAGUGCGAUCUGAAAAUUUAAAGCAUCAAAAUAAUAGAAGGGAGCAAUUUUCUAGAGUAGCACCUGUUGUCAAAGAAAUACCAUCUAUAUUGCAGCCAGAUGAAGUGAGCAUAGAUUUAGGCGAAGGUUCUAAUUUCCAAACCCAGCAGUUGGCAUUGAGAGAUGAUACAGAUUCAUAUGUUCAACAAAGAGCAGAGACAAUGCAUAAUAUAGAGAGCACUAUAGUGGAAUUAGGAGGUAUAUUCCAGCAACUGGCACACAUGGUUAAAGAACAAGAUGAAGCAAUAGGUAGGAUUGAUGCAAACAUUCAAGAAGCAGAAAUGAAUGUUGAAGCUGGCCACAGAGAAAUAUUAAAAUAUUUCCAAAACAUUACCAACAAUAGAGCUUUAAUGUUUAAAGUAUUUGGGGUAUUAAUAUUUUUCUUUAUAUUCUUUGUUAUAUUUAUGGCUUAGUGGUAUUUUGACAUGUAAAAUUUUUCUAAUACAAUUAUCUGUUAAAUAUAAAACAAUGAUUUAAUAAAGAUAGGUGAAGCAUCUUUUCAAAGGGAAAAAUGUUAUAUUGAUUUAUUGUAUGUUAUCAAAAUUAAAAAUUAUGCUAAGAUAAAAAGUUACAUUACAUAUUAUUUAUGUCAACUUCAUUGGUUACAAUCAUUUUUUAAAGAAUCAUUGCAACCUGAAGCAUGGUCUCUCCUUAUAUUUGCCUUAAUGCAUUCUGUAACAUUUAAUGUCAUCUUCUCACUAUUUUAUUUGUGAUCAAAAGUUAUUCUAGAUAAACCUAUAUGUGGACAAUAAAAAAUAUUUUGUUUGUAUUUCAAUAAUCUAGAAUAACAUUAUCUGAUAAUUUGUCUUAAGGGUUAAAACGGGCUACUAUAGUAGACUAAUACCACUAUGGCAUUUAAAAGUAAAUUCAUUACAAAUU